AUGGAGUCCCCUAAAUGGUCCAGCAAGAUCAGCGAAGUGGUUCGACUCCGGCCGCUCCUCAAGAAGUCGAGGACCUUCGCAAAUUCGCCGAGAACUGUCACAACCACUGCCGCCAUGAGCCCAAAUCGCAGAGGAAUUCACAAGAGCAUCAGCUUCCUUAAAAGAACCAUCUCUUCUCUAUCAUCAGACAGUGAUGACAGCGACAACAACAAGAAGCACAGCAGCAGCAGCAGCAGCAGCAGCAACGUUGUUCCGAAAGGCCACCUCGCGGUCUGCGUCGGUGAAGAGCUCGAGAGGUUCAUCAUCCCGAUGCACUACUUGGGCCUCCCGGCAUUCAGGCUCUUGCUGCGAGAGGCCGAGGAGGUGUUCGGAUUUACCCAGACGGGUGUGCUGAGGAUCCCAUGUGAUGUUCCGGUGUUCCAAAGUGUUCUGGCGAUGGUGGAGGGGAAGAAGAAGGCGGUCAAGAAUGGCGGUUUGAUGAUGAAAGAACAGUGCAGGCUCAGUGCAGACGAGAUCUCUGUCUUAUAUGUUAUACCAGAGAUGUUGCUUCUUAAGAGAUAUAGGCUGUACUGUAUAUUCUAUGUCAAUGGAUACAGAUUCGCAGAAAGUAUUGACUAA